GAUAAGAAAGGUAUUUUGGUUCUCAACCAGCCCUUGGCUUUAAGCCUUUACUCACUUCCCGCUCCAAGUAGCUGCCUCACUUUAUCUAAAUCAUAAACCUAAACUUUCUUCCUAAAUUCAAUUCUCAGUUUCUAAUCUCUGCAACUGCAAAAACACAUGUAUUUAGGGUUUUUGGGGGGUUUUUCUCUAUCCCAUUCCUUAUACACUGGGUCUACAUGCUUUGCUGCCUGUAGGCUCAAAGACUUGCAAAACAUGGCCGCCUUUAGUACUAUCUCGCUGUUCCCCAAUAGUCUUUGUGGCCGCCCGAGCCCGAGGAAGUUUUCCAUUUCGUACUCCUUCCGUUCUCCUAUGACUACAGGCAAUCAUGGAUCCAAAGCUUCACGUAAGAGAUCAGGAAGAUUAGAAGGGGCAGGGAAAAGUAUGGAGGAUUCUGUUAAACGAAAAUUGGAACAGUUUUAUGAAGGGUCUAAUGGUCCACCAAUCCGCAUUAUUCCUAUUGGUGGCCUAGGUGAGAUUGGAAUGAAUUGCAUGCUUGUUGGGAAUCAUGAUCGCUACAUACUAAUUGAUGCUGGUGUUAUGUUUCCUGACUAUGAUGAGCUUGGAGUCCAAAAAAUUAUACCUGAUACCACAUUUAUAAAAAGAUGGAGCCACAAAAUUGAAGCUGUUGUUAUAACACAUGGACACGAAGAUCACAUUGGUGCGUUGCCUUGGGUUAUCCCAGCUCUGGACUCCCGUACGCCAAUAUAUGCAUCAUCAUUUACAAUGGAGUUGAUCAAAAAGCGUUUGAAGGAGAAUGGGAUUUUUGUUUAUUCUAGACUUAAGGUUUUCAGAACAAGGAAGAAAUUUAUAGCUGGGCCUUUCGAAGUAGAGCCGAUAAGGGUGACUCAUUCUAUCCCUGAUUGUUGUGGACUGGUACUUCGCUGUGAUGAUGGUACAAUACUUCAUACUGGGGACUGGAAGAUUGAUGAAUCUCCAUUGGAUGGGAAAGUUUUUGAUCGUGAAGCAUUAGAAGAACUUUCAAAAGAAGGAGUAACUCUGAUGAUGAGUGACUCUACAAAUGUUUUGUCACCUGGAAGGACAAUUAGUGAAAGUGUGGUGGCAGAUGCACUAAUGAGACGUAUUUCAGCCGCUAAAGGAAGGGUUAUUACUACUCAAUUUGCAUCCAAUAUACACCGUCUUGGAAGUGUGAAAGCUGCUGCUGAUUUGACUGGUAGAAAAUUGGUCUUUGUUGGCAUGUCCUUGCGGACAUAUUUGGAUGCAGCUUGGAAGGAUGGAAAGGCACCGAUUGAUCCAUCCACUCUGGUGAAAGUUGAAGAUAUUGACGCUUAUGCUCCAAAAGAUCUGCUGAUUGUCACAACUGGAUCUCAAGCAGAGCCACGUGCUGCACUGAAUCUUGCAUCAUAUGGCAGCAGUCAUUCCUUCAAACUGAGCAAGGAAGAUUUAAUUCUGUAUUCAGCUAAGGUCAUCCCUGGCAAUGAAUCUAGGGUGAUGAAAAUGUUGAACCGUAUAUCAGAUAUUGGUUCAACUAUAAUAAUGGGCAAGAAUGAACUGCUGCACACAUCUGGCCAUGGAUAUCGUGGAGAACUGGAAGAGAUACUUAGAAUUGUGAAGCCGCAACAUUUUCUUCCUAUACAUGGUGAACUCUUGUUCUUGAAAGAGCAUGAAUUGCUUGGGAAAUCAACUGGUAUUGGACAUACUACGGUUAUUAAAAAUGGAGAGAUGCUAGGGGUUUCCCACUUGAGGAACAGAAGAGUUAUAUCAAAUGGUUUUAUUUCCCUUGGGAAAGAAAACUUGCAGUUGAUGUAUAGUGAUGGAGAUAAAGCAUUUGGCACAUCUGCCGAACUUUGUGUUGAUGAGAGACUAAGAAUCGCAACAGAUGGCAUUAUAGUGGUCAGCAUGGAAAUUUUACGGCCACAAAAUUCAGAAAGUCUCAUUGAGAAUACCAUAAAAGGAAAAAUCAGAAUCACGACACGCUGCUUGUGGCUGGAUAAAGGGAAGCUUUUAGAUGCUCUCCACAAAGCUGCCCAUGCUGCACUUUCGAGCUGUCCUGUGAAUUGCCCUUUAUCUCACAUGGAAAAGAUGGUGUCUGAGGUUUUGAGGAAGAUGGUGAGGAAGUAUAGUGGUAAAAGGCCUGAAGUCAUUGCCAUCGCGAUGGAAAACCCAGCUGGAGUUCUCUCUGAUGAGAUCAAAACAAGGCUAUCCGGUAACUCUCAUAUUGGUGUUGGGAUAUCAUCAUUGAAAAAAGUGGUUGAUGGAUAUCCCAAAAAAAAUCGCUCAAACAAGACACAAGAAGAAAGCAAUGGCUAUAUGCAUUUAGAUAACACAUCGCAACGGAAUUUGGAAGUUGAUGAUAUUCAAGUUGGGAGACUACCAGUCAACGAAGAAACCACUACCUCAACUUCCAGCUUGGCUGAUAGCCUUCCUUCCGACUCUGAGGAUCAAGAUGAUUUCUGGAAAUCAUUCGUUUCACCAUCAUCACCCGUGGACAAUUUGGUUCCACAGCAGGAAAAUGUAAACGAGCUCAAGGAAGAUGGUAGUAUGAGCAGUGAUGAUAACUCUUCAACUGUGCAAAAUUCUCAAUCAAAGCCUUCCAAGCGAGUGAAAAGGAACAAAUGGAAACCCGAGGAGGUGAAAAGGCUGAUAAAAAUGCGUGGGGAUUUACAUGAUAGAUUUCAUGUUGUAAAGGGGCGAAUGGCUCUGUGGGAAGAGAUAUCUGAAAACUUGAUAGCUGAAGGAUUCAAUCGAACUCCUGGACAAUGCAAAUCUUUGUGGGCAUCUCUGGUUCAGAAAUAUGAGCAUGAACAGGAAAACGCGAGUGACGAGAAAAGCCGAAAAGUGUGGCCCUAUUUUGAAGACAUGGAUAAAAUUUUAUCUGGCUUCGAGGCAACGUCAACAAAAUGAUGAUUGGGUUGAUAUAUUCAACACAUGAAGAUGGUCGCGCAAGUGUCUGGGAGAGGCAGUGCUUGUCCAAAUGAACCUUGGAUGGGAAUGGCUGCGGUGUGGGAUCACACAAGUAGCAGUAGCACAGCCUCAGCAUCAAGGAUUCCUACUUAAAAAAGAAAUGGGGCAAAUUUUGAAGCUUUAGGGGCUCCAUUGAAUUAUUAAUGAGAUACACAUUCAGUGACGAGUAAUAAUUGUAAAAUGGUCAUCUCAUAUGUAGGUAUCAUUUGAUUAUUAUGAUUGUGGAAUGUUUUGGUGCAGAGGAUGUUUAUUUUGUAUUUUUUUUCCCUUAGUAUUUGUUAUAUUAAAAAUUUUUGAUGUGAUGUAGUAA